AUGACAAGCUUAGAGAGUGCAAUUACCGGGGCUGUUGCCUCCUCAUUGGCUAAUGUGGUAGUCUAUCCAUUAGAUCUGGUGAAAACCUUAAUUCAGACUCAGACUACAGCAGGUGGAAACUACCCCACGACGGAAAAAGAUAAAGAUGCGCAGGACUCGCAAUCUAACAAUGCUGUAGUGGACGGAAAGAAUAUUCAGUAUGAGAGUGACGAUGAUGAGAGAUACCAGAAUGCUUUUGAUGCUGCAUUGAAAAUUGUUAAAACUAGAGGCUUUGGGGGACUGUACCAGGGUUUACCAGCAUCGAUUAUGGCUGGCUUUAUACAAAGCUUUUCAUACUUUUUUUGGUAUAGCAUUGUUAGAAAGCAGUACUUCCAAAUCAAGAGUCUGGAAGGCAAAUCAGGCAGAUUUUCUACGCCCGAGGAGCUAGUUUUGGGAAUUUUAGCUGCCGGAGUUUCACAACUUUUCACAAAUCCUAUUAGCAUUAUUUCCACCAGACAGCAAACCACCGAGAGAGGAAGAAGCAGCGGUUUUAUCAGCGUGGCGCGUAGGAUUUUUCAAGAGCAGAAUGAUAUUACAGGCUUUUGGAGGGGACUGAAAGUGUCCCUCGUUCUUACAAUAAAUCCAUCGAUAACCUAUGCGGCUUAUGAAAGACUCAAGGAUUUGUUUCUGUCAACGAGCACAGACCCUACAAAACUCCUGGACACGGCUUCACAAUUAACUGCGCAGCAGAACUUCAUUUUGGGAGUUUUAUCAAAAAUGCUCUCCACUUUGAUCACACAGCCGUUGAUCGUGUCUAAGGCUUUGCUUCAAAAAACAGGCUCUAAGUUUGUCAGCUUUCAGCAGGUAUUAAACCAUAUCUACAAGCACGAAGGCUUUUUGGCGUUGUGGAGGGGUGUGGUGCCGCAACUCACUAAAGGAAUCAUAGUUCAAGGGCUUUUGUUCAUGUUUAAAGGUGAAUUGACAAAACUAUUAAGGCGUAUAUUCUUCUAUUUACAAGUAGUCCGCCAAAGACGGAUUCCUAGCAAAAUAGCUCAGUAA